CUACCUUUAUUAUUCUUAUUUUCAAUUUCAAUAUCUUGGGUUGUGUGUGAAACCUGUUAACCCGGUCACACUCUUUCUCUUCCGCCUAAUCUCUAUUAAUCUCUCUCAUUUCCCCUCCAGUUUCUCACCCAUUCCUUCUCAUUAUAUCCUCUGGCUCUUCCAAACCCAAAUUUUUAGUUUUAAUUUUAGAGCAAAAAAAGCUCAAAAAAUGGGAGAUUACAUAUCGAGGAAGAUGGAAGAUGAGGUGGCCAUAGAAGAAGCAGCAUCUGCAGGGGUGAAAUCUAUGGAACAAUUACUUAGACUAUUAUCAUCAUCUUCUUCUUCUUCAAAGCAACUUCAACCUCAAUAUGAAGUUGAGUGCAGACAAGUUACAGAAGCUACUGUGGGUAAGUUUAAGAAACUCCUUUCUGUGCUUAAUCGAACUGGCCAUGCUCGUUUUCGUCGUGCUCCUGCUCUUUCUCUUUCCUCUGAUUCAUCCAAUUCUUCUGAUUCCAAUUCUCCUCCCCCCUUUCAAACAAUCAAACCACUUCCCACUCCACUGGAAAAACCCAUUCCGUUGAGGGUGAUUCCACAAUCUCACCAUAUACCCAUGACUUUGGAUUUCAGUAAACCCAACCCUAACCCUAACCCUAAUUGUAAAACUGCUAACCCAUCUGCAUCUUUUUCGAAUUCGGGGUCGUUUAGUAUAUCAUCUUCUGCGAAUUCAUCGUCGUUCUUGUCUUCUAUUACUGGUGAAGGAAGCGUGUCUAAUGGGAAACAAUUUGGUUCUUUCUAUGUUGCUCCGCCUGUAUCUGUUGGGAAACCACCUCUUUCCACUUCUUCGUCUUCUCAUCACAAUAAAAGCUGUUUCCACCGCCACUCUGAGUUUUCCGAUGAUUUUUCGGGUAAGAUUUCUGGGUCUAACCGAUGUCACUGUUCCUCUAAAAGGAAGAAGUUGCGGGUCAAAAAUACGAUUCGGGUUCCGGCGAUAAGUUCCAAAACGGCUGAUAUUCCUACUGAUGAUUAUUCAUGGAGGAAGUACGGCCAGAAACCAAUCAAAGGAUCUCCUUAUCCACGUGGAUAUUACAAGUGCAGCACAGUAAGAGGAUGUCCAGCAAGAAAGCAUGUGGAGAGAGCAACAGAUGAUCCAAAGAUGUUGAUAGUAACAUAUGAAGGAGAACACCGACACUCUCCUGUACCAGCAGCACAGGAUAACAUUUCCCAUCAUCAUCAUCAUAAUCAUAAUCUGGUGGUCCCUGCCAGUAACGCAACGCCGAGUUGGUUGGUCCCACUACAGACUCAGCCUAUUUUGAACUUGGGUGACUAAGAGAUCUUAGAUUAGAAGGAAUAUAAGUAUAAGGGUGGGUAAAAUGGGAAUUUCGACACCUUUUUUUGUAUUAUUUGUUUUGUUUGUUGUAGCGUGGUGUGAAAUAGCGUAGGGGACAAAAGUGAAAAGACGAAAAUGGUGAUUGAAUGUAAAUUUGACUAGAAUAUCAAUGUGGAAUGUGGAGUAGUAUUGUAAUGGCUUUCUGGUGGGGUUAGUCGUCGUUAGGAUAGUGGAAUUGGCAACUUAAUGAGAAAUGACAAAACAAUGUAAUGCAAAGUUUGACAUUUUCCCAUAUUCCAUAUGCCAACUUGCCAAGCAUUUAAUGCUAAGUUUGACAUUUUAACAUUACUAUUUUUCA